AUGGCAGAAGACAAGGUCCAAACUUUUGAUAUCCCGAAAACAUGUAAAGCUGGUGUUGUAGUCAACGAAGGCCCGGACUUCCGCGUCGAGGUUCAGGAUGUUCCAGUGCCUGAAUGUGGUCCGACGGACGUGCUCAUCAAGCUCAACGCGACCGGCAUAUGCCACAGCGAUCUUCACUUCAUGCUCAACGACUGGGCACUACCAAAAAUGUCAGACCUCGGUACAAAAUGCGCCGGACACGAAGGCAGCGGUGUUAUUGUCAAGGUUGGGGAUCAGGUCAAGAACCUAAAGCCGGGAAUGCGAGCUGGAUACAAGCCAAUUCAAGAUACUUGCGGCUCGUGUGAGCUUUGCCGCAACGGUAACGAAUGCUACUGCGCAAAAGCAGUCUUGACCGGAUUAAUGAUCGAUGGUUCAUACAAGCAGUACAUUGUCUCACCCGAACGCUACACAACCCUCGUCCCGGAUGGUGUGAACGACUACAUAGCAGGGCCGAUCAUGUGUUCUGCUUCAACAAUCUACACAUCAAUCAAGGAGUCACAACUCCGACCUGGAGACUGGGCCGUCUUCCCCGGCGCAGGGGGCGGUGUUGGCCUACAAGGCGUGCAACUGGCGAAAGCUAUGGGUCUACGCGCCAUAGCCAUCGACACUGGCGACGAUAAGCAAAAGCUCUGCAUGGAAACUGGAGGCGCGGAGCACUUUAUCGACUUUAAGAAAGUAGACAACGUAGGAGAGGAGGUAGUACGGUUGUGCGAUGGUAUUGGCGCCCACGGUGUCUUCGUCACUGCUGUUCAGACUUACCCAAACUCGAUAUCAUACCUUGGUGGCCGCGUUGGUGGAAAGGUGAUGUGCAUCGGACUGCCGCCGGCUGGGACUCAGCACAUUGAUGUCGACCCGAACCAAAUGUGCUUCAGGAAACAGAGUGUACAGGGUACACUUGUGAGCAGCAUGGCGGACGUGGACAAGACGCUUGACUUUGCUAAGCGGGGAUUGCUGAAGCCGAUUUACACGGUGUAUCCGUUGAGCAAGUUCAACGAGGCUAAAUGCGCCCCAGCUUUCAUUGGAGUAUAUGUCGAGGGCAUGUCCAGCUCGCCGUCAAAUUUGUCCUCCUGCGGACAGGCUGAAGCAUCAUCGAGCCGCACAGUGAACGGGAAGCAGCCAGUUGUUGAGGACGACCACAGUGAUGAAGAGGAACUGCUGGCGGAUGAUCCGCUAGAGCGCGAUCUACCUGAACAACUCUCCUUCAAGCGCAGACCCAAGGCAUCCACGUCCUCCUUCGGCUUCUCGCGAUACCUCCCCUCCUCCCUCGGUUCAUCCAGCAACCGCACCUCGCCCCAGCCACGAUCGCACCGCCCGAAUGGCUCAACGGAGCUUAUACUCAACUAUCUCGAUACACCUGGUAAUGCGGGCGAACAUCUCCAAGACACCAAAGACGCGAAUGGACUAGACUGGUACAUCGAAGGCCCCGGGCGGCGAGUUGGAUACGACGACCUCACCGCAAUUGAUUGGAUUUUCGAAUACGCGAAGGAACGACAACGACUGCGCUACCUAUACACUGGUUCCAGCGGUGUGCUUGGCCAUAUCAAACAGUUGGCGGAUGCAAGCCAGGUCUGGAUCAUACUGGUUGCUGCCGGCAUACUGAGCGGAGGGAUUGCAGCCUUUAUCGACGUGGCCAGUGAUUGGCUUGCAGAUCUCAAAACGGGUUACUGUCACAAUGUUGAUGGAGACGGGCGGUUCUACCUGAACAAGAGCUUCUGUUGUUGGGGAAUCGAGGAAGAGCAGGCUUGCCAUGACUGGAACUCUUGGGGCGCUGCCAUGGGAAUUGACAGCGUCGGUGGAAGAUAUGUUGUCGAGUACAUAUUCUUUGUGCUCUUUUCAGUGCUCUUCGCAGCAUGCGCUAGCCUCCUGGUGCGAGAGUUUUCGCCCUAUGCGAAGCACAGUGGUAUACCUGAGAUCAAGACUGUCCUGGGCGGUUUUGUCAUUCGGCACUUUCUAGGCGGAUGGACUUUGGUCACGAAGACGAUCGGAUUGUGCUUCGCAGUCGCUUCUGGUCUGUGGCUGGGCAAAGAGGGCCCAUUGGUACACGUCGCAUGCUGCUCAGCAAACCUGUUCAUGAAGCUAUUUGGUAACGUAAAUGGCAAUGAAGCAAGGAAACGAGAGGUGUUCUCGGCCGCGGCUGCAGCGGGUAUCUCAGUCGCUUUCGGUGCGCCCAUUGGUGGCGUGUUGUUCAGUCUCGAACAAUUGUCGUACUACUUUCCGGACAAAACCAUGUGGAGCAGUUUCGUAUGCGCGAUGGUUGCUGCUGUCACGUUACAGGCCUGUAACCCGUUCCACACCGGGAAACUCGUCUUGUACCAGGUCACGUACCAUAGUGGGUGGCAUGACUUUGAGCUGCUACCUUUCGCAUUUCUCGGAAUCUUAGGUGGGCUAUUCGGAGGCUUCUUCAUCAAGCUCAAUAUGGGCGUUGCUGAAUGGCGCAAGAACCGACAAUAUCUCAAAGGGCCAGUAACGGAAGUGGUCAUUGUAUCAUUUAUCACAGCGCUUAUCAACUUUCCCAUCAAGUUUAUGCGCGCUCAGGCGUCCGAGCUUGUGCAUAUCUUGUUCGCCGAAUGCGCAGACCUCAACGAGGACACACUCGGUCUAUGCAAAUCUGGCAAAGCGAAUACAGGAGUUAUCGCGCUCUUGCUCGUCUCCUCUGGACUGGGCAUCAUACUCUCAGGCUUCACAUUCGGACUGCAGAUUCCUGCCGGUAUUAUCCUCCCAUCUAUGGCUAUCGGUGGUCUUUUUGGACGUGCUGUAGGACUUUCAGUCGAAGUGGUCCAGGCGGCGUGGCCAGCCCUUUUUGUCUUCAAAUCCUGCGAACCGGACGUACCCUGUGUAACUCCAGGCACGUACGCUAUUGUUGGUGCCGCAUCAGCGCUUGCCGGAACGACACGAAUGACUGUAUCGAUCGUGGUUAUCAUGUUUGAACUCACCGGAGCGCUCACUUACGUUCUGCCUAUCAUGAUCGCAGUCAUGAUCAGUAAGUGGAUUGGCGACGCAAUCUCUCCCCGUGGUAUCUACGAGUCCUGGAUACACUUCAAGGGCUACCCUUUCCUUGACAAUCGAGAAGACAAUGGCUCUAGAAUUCCUGAUGUCGGCGCAAGCCAUGUUAUGACACGCAUCGAGGACUUGACUGCAAUCACAGCAACCGGUCAUACCAUUGGUUCACUGCGCCAGCUUCUAUCUCAACAUAGAUUCCGUGGCUUCCCCGUUAUAGACAACAGUCGCGAUGCUCUUCUACUUGGUUACAUUUCCAGAACUGAAUUGCAGUACGCACUUCAACUCGCUUUGGCGCCUCCACGAAGCUUGGCUGCCGAAACAGAAGCUUACUUCUCUCAUCAACCCCUCUCCGAUCCCACGACAUCACUCGAUCUCCGACCCUGGAUGGACCAGACACCGAUUACCCUCAACGCCAAAGCUAGUUUCCAGCUUACCGUGUCCAUGUUUCAAAAGCUUGGUCUCCGCUAUGUUUUAUUUACCGAUCGAGGUAUGUUGAAAGGCUUGCUCACCAAGAAAGACGUUUGGUACGUCAUGAACGGCAUUGAAGAAGAGCGCGAAGAAGGCGGUGCAGGCAUUGGUGUCGGGAGAGGGGGACUUAGAGAAGAAGGCGAUGAUGACGAAGAGAGCGAAGAGAGGGGAUUACUCGGUACACCAGAGGAAGAACAGGAUGACUUCAUUGGUGCGCACGACAGAUAG